CCUCCAUUAGUAAGAAAAAUUAAGAAGAUCUAGCUACAAUUUUAUAAGAUUUAAUUAUAAUAUAGAAGAAAUUAAGUACUAAAAAAAGUAAGAUAGAAUUUAAUUCCUUUCCACCUCUCAACAAGAAGUGGCAUGCGGGAGCAACCCUUUAGAAGAGACAAGUUCUUCUUUUCUAAAUCUUAUUAUUUAUUUCUCUACUUUAAAUAUCCAUCUCUUAACUCAAGUUAUCUCUCUCUGUCUCCCUCUUGCUCUAUCUUUUUUGUUUCUCUUUCAUUUUUCUUUUAUACACAAAUGAAAUGAGAAGCAAGGUAGAGAAGAGAGAAUAAAUGACUCAGUGUAGUUACCCUGAAAAUAAUCAUCAUAGUGUUCUUAUGGAGAGGAGAAAAGAUAGCUUAAUAAGAACUUGUCCUACUUGUGGUCAUCAUAUCAAAUGCCAAGAUCAGGGUGCUGGAAUUCAUGAGUUACCUGGAUUACCUGCUGGAGUGAAGUUUGAUCCUACUGAUCAAGAGAUUCUUGAACAUUUGGAAGCAAAAGUGCGGUCUGAUAUUCAAAUGCUUCAUCCUUUAAUUGAUGAGUUCAUUCCUACUCUUGAAGGAGAGAAUGGAAUCUGCUGUACUCAUCCAGAGAAGUUACCAGGCGUUGGCAAAGACGGCCUGAUCCGACAUUUCUUUCAUAGGCCAUCAAAAGCAUACACAACAGGAACCAGAAAAAGGAGAAAAGUGCACACAGAUGAAGAUGGAAGUGAAACAAGAUGGCACAAAACAGGUAAAACAAGGCCGGUCUAUAUAAAUGGCAAGUUAAAAGGUUACAAAAAAAUCCUCGUGCUUUACACUAACUACAGAAAGCAGAGAAAGCCAGAGAAAACAAAUUGGGUUAUGCAUCAAUAUCAUCUUGGAAACAAUGAAGAAGAGAAAGAAGGAGAAUUAGUAGUUUCCAAAGUUUUCUACCAAACACAACCUAGACAAUGUGGUUCAUUGAUGAAAGAAUCAUCAUCAUUUUCUGAUCAAAAACUAAUUAAUGAUAAUCAAGGUGUGCAUGAAGUGGUUAAUCAUAAAAACAGUGGAUUUGUUGAAUACUAUAAUACUUCUUUUAUAUCUUUUGAUCAAGGGGAACAACAUAGAUCAAACAAUGCUCAAGUGGUUUCUCAUUUUCCUGUUCAUGAUGGUAAUUCUUUCAUUCCUUGAAAGAAAAAAUUAACAUGAGAAGAGAUGCAUGCAUGGAUGCUUAUAAUUUGAAGAAAUAAGUUAAUAACAAUUAACAAAAAUAGUAGUUACUAGUUAAGUGGGGAAAAGUAACUGCUUCUGAUGAAAACUAAUGGUGAGGGCUAAGAAAGGAAAAAGAAUAUAAAUAUAUAUAUUAUUUUUGGUUGUAAUGUGUAACUUUGUUUACUUUUUUGUUUUACAUUUUUUUUUUGUUGAAAGGUAGCUUAUGUUCUCAUGCUAUGUACAAUGAGACCAAAACAUACAUAUCAAAGGUUUGAUACCUUUAUACUUGGGUAAAUAUUAACUAUAUAUCAAACUGUACACAAACAUGACUUUUACCUUAA